CUACGGGGGGCACCUGAAGACCUGAGCUCAGAAGAGCGGCUCCUCUCUGCGUGUGCCUGGAGGCUGUCUGCCCUGUAGUCGCCGCCCCGCGCCGCGCCUCUCCGUCCGGCUCGAAUACAAAAAAGAAUCUGGAAACUUGGAGAAGAUAAAGCAUUUUCAGCAUCCAAAUCAGGAGAUUGACAAACUAGGAAAUGCACAAUUUUGAAGAAGAAUUAACAUGUCCCAUUUGUUACAGUAUUUUUGAAGAUCCUCGUGUACUGCCAUGCUCUCAUACAUUUUGUAGAAAUUGUUUGGAAAAUGUUCUUCAGGCAUCUGGUAACUUUUAUAUAUGGAGACCUUUGCGGAUUCCCCUCAAAUGUCCUAACUGCAGAAGUACUAUUGAAAUUGCUUCAACCGGUAUCGAAUCUUUACCUGUUAACUUUGCAUUACGGGCAAUCAUUGAAAAGUAUCAGCAAGAAGACCAUCCGGAUGUCGUCACCUGCCCUGAACAUUAUAGGCAACCGUUAAAUGUUUAUUGUCUACUAGAUAAAAAAUUAGUUUGUGGUCAUUGCCUUACUAUAGGUCAACAUCAUGGUCAUCCUAUAGAUGACCUUCAAAGUGCAUAUCUGAAAGAAAAGGACACACCUCAAAAAUUGCUUAAACAGUUAACUGACACACACUGGACAGAUAUCACUCGUCUCAUUGAAAAGCUAGAAGAACAAAAGUCUCACUCUGAGAAAAUGGUCCAAGGUGAUAAGGAAGUGGUCCUCCAUUAUUUUAAGGAACUUAGUGAUAUAUUAGAACAGAAAAAGAAGUUUUUCCUAACAGCACUCUGUGAUGUUGGCAACCUGAUUAAUCAAGAAUAUAGCCCACAAAUUGAAAGAGUAAAAGAAAUAAGAGAGCAACAGCUUGAGUUGAUGACACUGACCACAUCUUUACAAGAAGAAUCUCCCCUUCAGUUUCUUGAAAAAAUCGAUGAUGUCCGCCAGCGAGUGCAGAUGUUGAAACAAAGGCCACUUCCUGAAGUCCAGCCUGUGGAAAUUUAUCCUCGAGUAAGCAAAGUAUUAAAAGAAGACUGGAGCAGAACAGAAAUUGGACAAAUUAGGAAAGCUGUCAUUCCUGCCAUGAAAAUUUCUUCUAAAAGGAUGCCCUGUUCCUGGCCUGAUAAAGAUGAAAAAGAAGUUGAAUUUUUUAAAAUUUUAAACAUUGUUAUAGUCACACUAAUUUCAGUGAUACUAAUGUUAAUACUCUUUUUCAACCAACACAUAAUAACCUUCUUAAAUGAAAUCACUUCCAUAUGUUUCUAUGAAGUCUCUCUGUCUGUUUACCAAAGUUUAUCUAAUAAUCUCUAUGAUAUUAAGAAUAUACUAUGCCAUGCCUUUUAUUUAUUAAAGGAAUUCAUGUGGAAAAUAGUUUCUCACUGAAAACUUAAGUAUAAACUGGGCUUAGUCUGUAUAGCAGAGGCUAACUAUUGCUAAAUGGAGAAAUAAGGGUAGCAUAAGUAGCAAAUUAAACUUUAGUAUAAAGUUGGAUAUAAAUAUAAAUUCCAUGGUUCAAUAGAAAUGGUAUAACAGAGAUGAGGAGAUAUCUGAAAGAUGAUUCAGAUUAUCAUAUUAUUAGAAAAUUAAAAUUACUUGAAUACCUUAUCUCAUUUUUUUCUUUCUUUCUUUUUUUUUUCCAAGGUAGGGUUUCACUCUAGCUCAGGCUGACCUGGAAUUCACUAUGUAAUCUCAGGGUGGCCUCGAACUCACAGCGAUCCUCCUACCUCUGCCUCCUGAGUGCUGGGAUUACAGGCGAGUGCCACCAUGCCCAGUUUAUCUCAUUUUUGAUAGUGCUACUUUGACAUUAAAAUAUCCUUUUACCAGUUUUUUAACCAGUAUAUUACAGUGGCUGGCUUUGCAGUUAUUUAUAUGAAACUUUUAGAUUAAAAGAUGAGAAGGGCUGGGGAGAUGGUUUAGCAGUUAAGGCACUUGCCUGUGAAGCCUAAGGACACAGGUUUGAUUCCCCAGUACCCAUGUAAAACCACAUGUACAGGGUGGCACAUGCGUCUGGAGUUUGUUUGCGGUGGCUAGAGGCCCUGGCGUGCCCAUUCUCAUAUCUGCCUCUUCCUCUCAUAAAUAUUUUAUAAAAAAGAUGAUAAAAUCCUCAAAGUGCAUACACCUUUAUUUUGAGGUGGGCAGCUUUUGAUUAUGUGGAUAACUAUGGUAAAAAUUUUUUGUUUUUUUAAACCCAAGCAGGAUAAAGGAUAAAAGAUUUUUUUUUUUUUGGACCAAAUACAACUGACAUACCUAAUGUGUUAGCAUUCAUUCCAAGCAAGGUUACUUGUGAAUUAACUAGGCACUAGGGAACAAUGUCUAAUACUUGUCAUUAAUCUAAGACUCUGUUUAGGACCAGAGUGUGGUGAUGCCCCAGCUACUUGGGAGGUGGCAAGGUCAGGAGUUCAAGGUCAGCUCAUAGUGAGAUCCCAUUGCAAAACCUAAGUAAUUGGCCAACUAAAUCAAAUGUUGAGAGCCUAGGGACAUAGCUAAUUGAUAAGAGCUUUUGCUUAGCAUGCUAUUUCUAGAACUAUAAAACAAAAAUUAAGUCAUUGAUUGUGUAGUGUCAAACCGAUUCAUGGAUAAAAGUCAUGAAACUUAGAAUAAUCAUGUUGGUGGUACUUCAAGAUUUUGAAUCAUGGUCUCACUUUAGCCCAUGCUGACCUGGAACUUUGUAGCCUCAGGCUGGUCUUGAACUCAGAAUCCGACUUCAGUUUUCUGAGUGUUGGGACUAACGCAUGAGCCACCACCACACCCAGCUUUAUGUAAACUGUAUCUUAAAACUUGUCUUUUAAAAUGUUCUCCAUAUUGAAGCAUUACAUAUUCUUCUGAUUUUUGUUUGCAAAGGCCACAGCAAUCCUGUCACCUUCCCAACUGCUAGGAUCACAGGUGUGAGCCCCUAUACCUGGCUGAUCUUUAAUUAACUAGUUACCAGAGCUCAUUUAGUCAGUUCCCUUCCUAUGGUAUGGUUGUGAUGCUUCCAGUAGGACAUCCAUUGCUCAAACCGAUCUGUUUUCCAGAAACCACAAGUGGGUUAAAUAUUCUAGAAGCCUAUGUAGGUUCAGAGACUUGUGUCAGAUUAGGAAAUAAUACUGUUUGUCUUACAGUCAUUAAAGUGUUGAGAGCAAAAACUGCUGAGGCCUUCCCUGUCAAAUGUUAUUACUAAGAUCAUGCCAUUUAGGUUGGUUACAGCCAGCACAAUGAUUUUGUGAUAACAUCUAAAGGGUAUAAUGGAGGUAGAGAUAUGAACUGCUAAAAAAAGAAAAACAUACUAAUUUGCCUGAAGUUGUAUCAUUGAAGUGCUCUUUCAAAAUAAAUUUAAGACAGACAUGCAUGUUAGUGACUAUUUCUAAGGCAUUUUUUUGGAAAGGGAUCCUAACCUCUUCGUAGACAAGGAAAUAGUAAUGCAGUGACAUUAGCAGGCGAGAGAACUCAUGUAUUAUUCUCAUGUGCUUUAAGACUAUGAGCAAGCCAAGAUUGAUGCUAAGUCACACUUCUGUUCACUUUUAUGGCUCAAAAUCAGGGAGUAUGCCUGUUAACACCUUGCAGGCGUCACAUUAAUAUUCUUGCCAUGUCUUAGUAGACAAGACUUCUGGGGAGAAGUGGGGUAAGAGAACUUGAUUUUUAUUUUUAUUUUUUUGUAUUUCUUACAGGAAGAUAAGAUUGUAUAAUUCAAAGUAUAUAACCUUGGAAAAAAUUGAGUUCUCUGUAUCAAAACAUUUAAUAAAUUUGGUAUUUUAUCUGCA